UCGAUAUGGACUUGUGCCUGUGAUACAAGUUUGCCCUUGAAAAUCAACAUGUACUGUUCAACACUGAAAACUAAGGAGAGGCUCUUGUAGCUGGAGGGGGAUUGCCUACCCUGACACUUUCUCCUCCUCCUCCUCCUCCUCUUGGCCUUCUGGGAUCAAUGACUGGACCCAACUCCCCGAGCCGUGCCGGCACCUCUCCGGCCAAGCUGAGCAGGCACGGUCGGUCCAAGAGCACCAGCUCGCACUGCCUCCUCCGCUGCAGCACCCAGGAGGAGUCCUCCGCCUCUCCUCCUAACAACAGCUCUCGGUCGCCCGGGGAGGAAGAGGAGAAAGAUGGCGGGGUUCUCUUUUACGUUAACCGCACUGGUUUCCCCAUCGAGAGCGUCACCUGGGAGAGGAUGUGGUCCCACGUGGCUCUCGUGCACCCUGAGGGCCAAGAAAUGGUGGACAGGAUACGAAAUGCUGCAUACCUUCCCAAGCAUCCUGUUCCUUCAGUCCCGACCUUCAAACCGUCCAUGUCGGUCCCAGACUGGCUGGUGGCCAUCCAGAACUACAUGAAGGCUCUGCAAUACAACCACACAGGAACCCAGUUCUUUGAAAUCAAGAAGAGCCGUCCUCUGUGUGGGUUAAUGGAGACGGCGAGAGAGAUGAUCAGGGAGUCUUUACCAAUCAAAUGCCUCGAAGCCGUCAUCUUGGGAAUCUACCUGACCAACGGGCUGACGUCUCUCGAGCGUUUCCCCAUCAGCUUUAAGACCCAGUUUUCGGGCCACUGCUUCCACCAUGUGGUGCUGGGCGUGUACUGCAACGGCCGCUACGGUUCGCUUGGCAUGAGCCGCCGCCAGGACCUGAUGGACAAACCGCUGACUCACCGCACGCUGGGAGAACUGGUGGCCGAGUUCGAGAACUCCUACAAGAGAUACCAGCACACUCUGAAGAAGGUGAAGAUUGGCUUGUACGUGCCUCACGACCCCCACAUCUUCCAGCCAAUCGAGUGGAAGCAUUUGGUGCUGAAUGCGGCCAGACUGGGAGCUCAGGAGAUGAGGAAGGAGCUGGAGAAACACGGCCGGGACAUGAGGAUGAAGAUCCUGAAAUCGUCCAGCGCCCAGUCACCAAUCAAAGAACGGAGCCGGGGGAAAUCCUUAUCGCCACGCCGACGGCAGAUCAGCCCCCAGCGACGCUUCACACAGCGCAGAGACAAAUCGCCGGCCUCGGUGGAGAGGAAACCUCCAGAGCUCAGCACUCUCAACGACGGCUACCAGAUCCGCAUCUGAUCGCCUCCUUCACCUCACAGUCCUCCCAGAAUCCGUCCUCGGACCUCUCAGCAGCUUACCCUGAAACAAAGACUA